AUGGCCGGCAACAGCGGGGAGUCACAGCAAGCCGUUGACGGCAUGGAGGGUGCCAUGGCGAGUUCAGCACAAGAGUCCUACUCGUUUCCGAACGACAGAUUAAAGAAGGUCAUGGAUGAUCCGUCAAAGACUCCCUUGCUACUCGUUGCCUGCGGUUCAUUUUCGCCCAUUACCUAUUUACAUCUACGUAUGUUCGAGAUGGCGGCAGACUUUGUCAAAUUCAGCACCAAGUUUGAGCUCAUCGGAGGCUAUCUGUCUCCUGUAUCAGACGCAUACAGGAAGGCUGGUCUUGCCUCUGCAUCACACAGGAUAAACAUGUGUCGAUUGGCCGUGGACAAAACCUCAGAUUGGCUGAUGGUCGAUCCCUGGGAGGCUAUGCAGAAAGAAUACAGCCCAACCGCAAAGGUUUUGGACCAUGUCGAUAAGAUCAUCAAUCAUGACUAUGGCGGUAUAGACGUCGGAGAUGGCACAAAGAGACCAGUGAGGGUAGCUCUACUUGCCGGAGCUGACCUGAUCCAUACUAUGUCGACACCAGGAGUUUGGAGUGAGCAGGAUUUGGAUCACAUUCUUGGGAAAUAUGGGACAUUUAUUGUCGAACGUAGCGGCACCGAUAUCGAUGAAGCCAUUGCUGGCCUGCAGCCAUGGAAAGAAAACAUCUAUGUCAUUCAACAACUCAUUCAAAAUGAUGUUAGCAGCACCAAGAUCAGACUAUUCCUUCGACGAGAGAUGAGUGUUCGCUAUCUAAUUCCGCGCCCCGUGAUUGACUAUAUUGAGGAGCACCAUCUCUACGAAGACGAGGGUAAUAGCGCUUCAAGCUCAAAUCUCCAGGAGAAAGGGAAAGGGAAGAGUACCCCAGCAAGCUAG